AUGUCAUCAUCUUUAAAGAAUAGGAAACAUAUAGAUGAUGAAGAGGAAGUAGAUGAUGAUGAAGUAUCAUCAUUUUCAGAUUCAGAACCACAAGGUUUAUCUACUUCAAUUGAUCCUUCCACAGGUACCGUUUUAAAACCAAUUUCAUAUGAUGAACCUCAUCAUAGUCAUCAUCAUAGUCAUCACCAUUAUAAUAUACUCAAACCAAAGUUAACUAGAGAUGACAAUGAAGAAGAGGAAGCAGCAGAUGAUAGAGGAAGUAUUAGAUCUUUAUCUAGAAGAUCAUCAAUUGAUCUGAUUAAGAAAAAACACAAGAAGAAAUCUAGAAAGAAAAUAAUUGAAUCAAGAAGAUUUAUGUUUAUAUUUGGUACAAUUAUUGGAUUAAUAUUUGCUUUAAUGUUUAGUACAAAUUCACAUCCAUUUAACGGAGAAUUAGAAAAUUUUAUUAAAUUUGAUCAAUUAAAUGGAAUUUUUGAUGAUUGGAAAAAUUGGAAAGAUAUUUUACCAAAUAGUAUUCAAUUAUAUUUACAAGAAUCAAGUAAAAAUGAAGAUAAUGAUGGAUUACAUGGACUGGCUGAUUCAUUUAGUGUUGGAAUGAGAUUAAAAUCUACUAAAAAUUUCACUGAAAAUCAUAAUGUUGUUUUAGUUCCUGGUGUAGUUAGUACUGGAUUAGAAUCUUGGGGUACAACAACUACUGGAGAUUGUCCAUCAAUUGGAUAUUUUCGUAAAAGAUUAUGGGGUUCAUUUUAUAUGUUAAGAACUAUGAUUUUAGAUAAAUCAUGUUGGUUAAAACAUAUUAUGUUGGAUGAAGAAACUGGGUUAGACCCUCCAAAUAUUAAAAUUAGAGCAGCUCAAGGAUUUGAUGCUGCUGAUUUUUUCAUGGCUGGAUAUUGGAUUUGGAAUAAAAUUUUACAAAAUUUAGCUGUUAUUGGUUAUGGACCAAAUAAUAUGAUUAGUGCUAGUUAUGAUUGGAGAUUAGCUUAUAUUGAUUUAGAAAAAAGAGAUGGAUAUUUUUCUAAAUUAAAAGCACAAAUUGAAUUGAAUAAUAAAUUAAAUAAUAAAAAAUCGGUAUUAAUUGGCCAUUCAAUGGGUAGUCAAAUUAUAUUUUAUUUUUUGAAAUGGGUUGAAGCUACUAAUAAAUCAUAUUAUGGACAUGGUGGUUCAAACUGGGUAAAUGAUAAUAUUGAAGCAUUUAUUGAUAUUAGUGGAUCUACAUUAGGAACUCCUAAAAGUAUCCCUGUGUUGAUUUCUGGAGAAAUGAAAGAUACUGUACAAUUAAAUGCAUUGGCAGUUUAUGGAUUAGAGCAAUUUUUCAGUAGAAGAGAAAGAGUUGAUAUGUUACGUACUUUUGGAGGUAUUGCAAGUAUGAUACCUAAAGGAGGUGAAAAAUUAUGGGGGAACUUAACCUAUGCCCCUGAUGAUCCACCAAUCAAUACUUUUAAUGAUUCAGAAGUUACAGAAGGUAGAAAACCACAAGAUCGAUCAUUUGGUACAUUUAUUCAAUUUAAAAAUCAAACUAGUGACGCUAAACCAUAUAAAGAAAUCACUAUGGCUGAAGGUAUUGAAGAAUUAUUGUCCAAUUCACCAGAUUGGUAUAGUAAAAGAGUUAAGGAGAAUUAUUCUUAUGGAAUAGCAUAUACCAAAGAAGAAUUGGAAUCAAAUAAUCAAGAUCAUUCCAAAUGGUCAAAUCCAUUAGAAGCAGCAUUACCAAAUGCUCCAGAUAUGAAGAUUUAUUGUUUUUACGGGGUUGGCAAUCCAACAGAAAGAGCAUAUAAAUAUAUUUCUGCUGAUAAAAAAUCAACUAAAUUAGAUUAUAUUAUAGAUGCAGAAGAUUCAAAUGGGGUUAUAUUAGGUGAUGGAGACGGUACGGUAUCAUUGCUAACUCAUAGUAUGUGUCAUGAAUGGUCAAAGGGAGAUAAAUCGAGAUAUAAUCCAGGAAAUUCAAAAGUUAAAAUUGUUGAAAUUAAACAUGAACCAGAUAGAUUUGAUUUAAGAGGAGGAGCUAAAACAGCAGAACAUGUUGAUAUUUUAGGUAGUGCUGAAUUGAAUGAAUUGGUUUUAAAAGUAGUUAGUGGGAAUGAAGAUAUGAUUGAAGAUAGAUUUGUUAGUAAUUUGAAAGAAAUUGUUGAAAAAUUGAAUUUGUAA